AUGACUACAUCCAAUAGUCAGUCCAAACAAUUUGAAACAGUACCUUCUAUAGUCGACUUAUUAUAUUCUGCUAAGAAACUAUUGAAUUUGCAACCAAGAAUUGAUAAUUUACACCUACGUCGAUCAAGUUCAAGAACCCAACUAGUCAUGCAAUCUCAGGCCAUUAGUGCCAACAAUGGUAAGGAAAACAAUCAAAGCUUUUCAAUUUCACCAGUAAAUAAUCAAACCCUAGGGUCGGCUCAUGAUAAAGUGUUGGAUUUACUAUCACCAUUGUCAAUAGAUGACUUAAAGAAUAACACAAUCACCACAACCACCACAACGACGACGUCGUAUCACCAGAAUAAGUUGAAUCAACGGUUGAACGGUACUACCAAUAACAACCCUAGCCAUAUCACUGGUAAUAAUAGCAGUACUAGAUCUACACUUUUCAAACCCUCAUCUCCACAUUCUGAAAACACAUCUCCCAAGAAUAUUUCGUCGUCGUCAUCAUCAUCAUUAGCACCAUCAACAAAAGCGAACAACCUAAGUCAUAAUAAUACCACCAAUAACCAUGGACCUAGUUCUGAAAUCAAGUCGUCCAGUUCUUCAUUACCACCGAAAAAGGUAACUCGAUGUUUCAACUGUAACACCACGGCGACACCACUUUGGAGAAGAGAUGCCGAUGGUAAUACUUUGUGUAAUGCAUGUGGACUAUUUCUCAAAUUACAUGGAACUUGUCGUCCUCUUUCAUUGAAAUCAGAUGUAAUCAAGAAAAGAAAUUCCAGAAAAGCAAAUACAUCUUCCAAAGUAGGAACGCCGACAAAUCAAUUUAUAAAUACAUCGGUCAAAGGGAACGAUGCAAGUAUAAGAAUGAAACAAACACCUAUUGCUAUAGCACCAUCGCCAUCUUCCAAUUCACUAUAUGGUGGUGGUGGUGGCAGUGCAAACUCACUUCCUUCGAGUCAACGAUUCAAAAAUGUAUUAAUAUUACCUAAACCCCCUAGUGGCACAAAUUUAACUGCUUCAGCAAGAACAAAAUCAAUACCUAUUCCAGCAAACAAUGCUCCUUCUCCUGAUGGGUCAUUUUCUCCUUCUUUGAAGAGAAAGAAAUCUGAAGUUGAUGUGGGCCCACGAACUCCAACAUCUUUGUCUGCAUCUGCGUCUGCAUCAUUCUCCAUGCGUAACAGAGUACCAUCGUCUUCUUCAUUAACUGGUACCUCAUUCUCCAAUUCAAUCAAAAGAAAUAAUUCAUUUUCUAAUAGAAAAUCAUCACUAACAAGUUUGAUGCAGAGAAAGAAUACUGUUGGAACAACCCCAACAACUACAAAUUCAUUAACAUCCUCUAAUAUUAAUAUUUUGAAUCAGCGUUUUCCACAGCCAACUUAUUUUGAGAAUUUUGGUAGUAGCACUGGGCCACAAUCACCAGCAAUCUCGCGUCAUAAUAGCACAACCACCUUGAUGAAUUCUAAUCAAGUCAUUCUAGAAAAUGUAAACACCCCGGGUUCCUAUAACUCAACCAACUCGUUCCCUUCCUAUGUUCCACAUGAAACCCCAAAUUCAAUUCCAGAAACACCACUAAAUGUUAACGAUUUAUUACCUUCUUCAUUCAACAGGAGGUCAAGUCAGAUGUCUACCAAGCAAGAGAGAAUCUUGGAAGAUUAUCGUGCUAGUAAACCACAAACUAUGCCUCACAAAGGUAUUGAUGAUGAAAUGAUAAUAAUGGAUGCUUUGAACGAUUUCCCAGGUUUGGAGGCCAUUGACAUGGGUGGUAAUAUUAAUGGAAUGUCUGCUGAUGAUUACAAUAAUGAUUACGGUGAUAUUUUUAGAAAAUUUACAAGUUUAGAGAAUGAAUCGUUUGUUGAUCAAACUGCAAAUUCUAUUCAAGAUAACAAUUUCGGGUUUCAACAAAUACCAACAGAAAACAAUUUUUACAAAGUUGGAAACAACAAUAGUGGUAACAAAAACAACAGUAACAAUGCCAAUAAUAAUUCUGGGGAUUAUAAAGAUCUAGAUUGGUUGAAAUUUGACAUUUGA